CCCCCCUCCCCCUCCCCUCUCCACCACCCUCACUCCUAUAAAUUCCUCCAUUCACCCUCUCUCUCUCUCUCUCUCUCUUCCUAUUUUCUUUUUGUUCUGUGCGCAUUGGCGCGCAACUCCCCCCGUCAGCAUGGAUAUGAACCAUCUCAUAGGUCAGCGGUUCAACCUGAUUUCCAAAAGUGAUAUUCGCUAUGUUGGUACCUUACAUGAGAUCAACCCUGAAGCUUCAACAAUAGCUCUGGAGAAUGUCGUUUCCUUCGGGACAGAAGGCCGCCGAGGCAACCCUUCGGAAGAGCUUGCUCCAUCUACCAGUGUCUACGAAUACAUUGUGUUCCGUGGCAGCGAUGUAAAGGACAUCAGUGUAGCUGAGGAUAAGGAACCGGCAAAGCCCGAACCUCCUCAGGUACCUGAUGAUCCUGCUAUCCUGGGUAGCAUGUCGCGUCCAGGACCCGGUCCUCAAGGUCCCCCCGGGCCUCCCCCUCACUCUCAACCACCCCACCAAGCUCGCCCGGCUCCUCCUGGGUACCCUCCGCAGCCUCCUUUCCAAGGCUUCUAUCCGCCUUACGGACAGAGAUUUGGCGCACCUGGAUUCCCGCCUGGACCAGGUUUUCCCAACAUGCCUUAUGGAGCUCCCCCGGGAUGGUUUCCUCCCCCUGGUCAGGGAUUCCCCCAAGGACCGGGCCAGUUUCCUCCACCUCAAAUGCCCCUCGGACCUCCUGGCCCGCACCAGACACCUCCGCCACAGCGACCAGGAGUCCCUGGCGCAGGUCCCGUAAACAUGCCUAGGGCAACUUCAGAGCUCCCGGUUGGCGAAAGACCAUCUAGUAAGCCUGCUAGUCGGGAUGUCACUCCGGCGCCUGCGGCGGCCACACCACAAGUCACUCAGAGUGCUCAGGCACCCCCAGUUGACUCUAAACCUCCCGUAUCAGAAGCUUCACAGGCCCACGCCGGCGUCACUCACGGUGGGUUUGGUGUGCCUAGGACAGCACCCACUGGACCUAGGAGCGGCCGUGUACAGCCCGCGAUCCCGGUAACGGGCCCUGCCAAACCGCCGGUUCCCACUGUAGCCCAACCUUCUGCUGGUGCCCCCGGGAAUAAUGUAUCCCAGGGCCAAGCUCAAGCGGCAAUUACCGAGGCCACUCGCGCGGCCACGGCUGCUGUCGCCGCCGCCAUGGCGAAGCUUCCGCAGCCUAAUGCUCAGAAGUCCGCGCCUGGGGACGCUGCUGUCGACGCAAUGACGAAGCAGAUGGCCGAAAUGAAAGCUUAUGAGUCUAACCGUGUUUCACGGGGUGGCCACCAGAACCGUGGCGGGCGCGGUCGAGGCCAGUACCAGGGCCAGACGAAGAAAUUCGAGGUCCCCAAGACGGACUAUGACUUUGAAACGGCCAACGCCAAGUUCAACAAACAGGACAUGGUUAAAGAAGCGAUUGCCUCUGGUUCCCCCAUUCAUGAAGCCGAGAACCCAAUGCCCGAGGGUGACGACGAAUCAACCAGUGCUAGUGCGGAUGGCUACCAGAUUUACAACCGGACCAGCUCUUUCUUUGAUAACAUCUCCAGCGAGGCUCGUGACCGUGAAGAAGGGACUGGCGCCCGACAUGGCGGUCGCGAGUGGCGCGGCGAGGAAGAGAAGCGAAACAUCGAAACCUUCGGCCAAGGUAGCGUCGAUGGGUACCGCAGCAGCUACCGCGGUCGUGGACGAGGCAGAGGUUUCGGCCGUGGUCGGGGUGGUUAUGGUCGCGGCUACUCGCGUGGCCGCGGUGGGAUUCGCGGAGGUCGAAAUGCUUCGCAAUCCACCGGCGUGCCUACCCAAACUUGAUACAGUCCAACCUAAACGCUUGGCCUUUUCUUCUUUUCUUUCCAUUUUUUUUUUUUUUUUUUCUUUUUU